AUGCUGCUUCUGAAAGAACCAUUGCCAGGGAAAGCAGUAACCGAGUUCGUAGAUACGCGCCAGACAUGGGACCAAAGCCAGGGGCCUGACGAACAGUCGGUGGAUGUAAGCAUGGCACGGACGGGGCAGACGAGCCCAGCGACAAGAGAGAGACUACUAAAACUGCUCUACAAGUUUAGGAGUCUCUUCCCGAAGAACACAAAGGUCGUCAAGAUUAAGCAUGGACGGAAGGUGGGACUGCCGCUCAUUGAUGAAGACGUCACACCAAUAGCCUGCAAAGCUCAGCGGUGGAGUCCGCCCAUGGCCGACAUUUUGAUGAAACAACUCAACCAGGGAUUAGCAGCUGGAACCUUCAGGCUAUCCACCUCUUCGUGGUGCUCACGGAUUGUACCAGUGCCUAAAUCUGACGGCACCUACCGCAUCUGUAUCGACUACAGAGAUCUCAACAAACUCAUCAAGAAGGAUAGUGGUGGACUCGGGGACAUCACGGGCAUGUUAGAUCGGAUGAAAGGGAGUAAGUUCUUUUCAUCUCUCGAUUUGGCACAGGCAUAUCAUCAACUGGAACUGGAGGAGACCGACAAGCAUAAGACGGCCUUUAGGGAUCCAACAGGACGUCUACUUGAGUCAAAUAGAUGCGCCUUCGGUAUUACCACCAUUCCGGCCGUCUUCUCGGCUACGUUGGGUGAUGAUUUGCGAGAGUUAUUGGGCAAAGGUUUGGAGAAAUGGCUGGAUGAUAUCGCUCUUCACACAAAGACGUUGGAAGAACACUUUGUAUUGCUGGAGAAGGUCCUUACUAUCCUGAAACAAAAAGGGUACACAGGUCACUUUGUCAAAAGCGAAUUCCUAUUGCCAGAGCUGGAGUUUCUGGGGGUCAUGGUUGGAAGGGAUGGAACCAGACCAGCACCAUCGAAGGUGAAAGCCGUACAAGAAAUGGAACUGCCGUCGACGGUUGGAGAGCUGAGGUCCUUCUUGGGGCUGGCCAACUACUUGAGGGGAUUCGUACCUAACUUUAGCGCCAUCGCUGCUCCACUCUCCGACAUCUUGAGGAAUAAGGAAUUUAGUUCUAAGCGAGCCAGGAAUAAACGAGUGGUCAUGGGGCCUCCACAAAUUGAGGCAUAUAUGAAACUCGUGGAGAAACUGACCACAUACCCGGUGCUGGUGCUACCUAACUGGCUGGAACCAUUCACGCUUCAUACUGACGCCAGCUUGAUAGCGGCGGGGUCUGUUCUAACACAACAGGUGGAGAAUAGAGAAGCGCCGGUUGGGUAUGCCAGCAAGAGGUUGUCCAGGUCAGAGGAAAAACUUUCGUCAAACGAUAGGGAAGUUCUUGGGGUGUUGUAUGCACUAGAACAUUUCAAGGUAUACCUCCAGCACCGUCAGUUCACCCUCAUCACGGACUGUGCAGCUUUGAUGUGGCUCUUCACUAGCCAAAAACUAUCGUCAAAGAUGCACCGUUGGGCUCUGAAGAUGAUGGCGUACGAUAUGGUCUUGAAGUGGAGAAAGGGGACAGACCAUGUUGUUCCAGACGCGCUCUCUAGGCUAAGGAGGAAAGGCUUAGGCGAACCAGAUGUCGACACCACACUGCCGGACGAUGGAUCUGGAGAAGUAUGGGGGAGUGGACCUGAAGGACCAGUGUUGGAAGGAGUACCUCUUCAGCGGAUGGCACAAUCACAACUUGUGGCAGCAGAGGAGAGAAGAAGUGACGCACCACCUGACCUGGCGUUGCUCAACAAGGAUCCGCAAGAGAUUAAGUUGGACGGAAUUUGUUUAGCUGAUCUGGGUCCGACCGAGAUCGAUGACAGAGAGGAGGAGAAUCUGAGUGUUUUCUAUGCAUUGCAGAUCACGCCUGACGUGGAGCAUUACAAGCUGUUGAGGGGAUGCUGGACGUGGCCUGUGUGA